GGUGUUCCAAGUGUACGUGUGGUACGAAUGUUUAGCGAUUCGCGAGUUUUGAAUUUUUUUUUCGGGUUUUUGUUCCUUCCACAAAGUUCUGAAAGUUUUGUUUUUCAAGUGGUUUCAGUCUUUUCCGAAGGACUCUGGUAAUACUUAGUCGACAAUGAUUGAUUUUUAUCGUUCAUUAAGAUCCAUAUUAAAAUUAGAGGAGGUUCAUACAGAUAAUAAUGUAUUUAAGUUACAUUAUAGAGUUACAGUGUUACUGCUCCUCUCCUUUACGAUUCUGUUGACGAGCAAACAAUAUUUCGGAGAUCCCAUAAACUGUGAUGUUGAUGAGAGAAAGGAUGUUAUCGACACAUUUUGUUGGAUUUCUGGCACUUUCAUUAUCAAAAACAACGUUUUUGAUAAUUUUUUACCUGGUUUGGGAACUCCUGAUGUGAAACAUCUCGGUGAUUCAUUCAACAAACAAGUAUACUAUCAAUGGGUCUGUCUUACUUUUGGUAUACAAGCUAUGUUUUUCUACUUGCCCAAAUAUUUUUGGAAAACAUGGGAGGGAGGAAGGCUGAAACUACUCAUUGGUGACUUAGGAGGCCCUUUAAGUGCAAAUUGGAACAGUGCCUCAAGAGACACACUCAUUAAGUACCUGCUGAGCGAAAAGUACUCUCACAAUAUUUAUACAAUUCGAUAUUGUCUCUGUGAGGUUUUGAAUUUUAUAAAUGUGAUUGUCCAAAUAUAUUUCAUGGACUGGUUUGUAAGUGGAAAUUUCAGUCUCUAUGGCAUAGAGCAUGCCUCAAAUAAACUAGUCAAUCCAAUGAAUACUGUUUUCCCAAAAAUCGCCAAGUGUACAUAUUUUAGAUUUGGUCCAUCAGGAACGCUAGAAAUUCGCGAUGCGCUCUGCAUCUUGCCGUUGAACGUUCUCAACGAAAAAUUUUUUCUGAUAUUGUGGUACUGGUUGCUUGUACUCCUUAUUGUAACAAUGUUAUGUCUAGUAUACAGAGGAAUGUUUUUGUUCAUACCAAAUUUCCGCGUCUAUCUACUCAGGGCACAUUCACGUAAAUUGGAGAGAAAGAAAGCUGAAUUUAUUGUGAGCAAAAUUUCUUUUGGGGAUUUUUUUGUACUGUAUAAAGUAGGCAAGAACGUCAACACCAUGAUUUAUAAAGAGCUGAUAGGAGGUAUAUAUGAUCAACUCAUUAUUACCAAAGGCUCUCACAAAGUUUUUGCCCAAGACGAAGUUUGAUUACCUACAAUUUAUGAGAAAAGAUUAGUUUAGAAUAUUAUUUCGUUUAUAUCAAUUCAAUGUAGAGAGUAUGAUUAUUUCAGUUUGGCAGUUCUAUACAUUAUGAAAAAAUUUUCAAUAUAGGGCUGUGAUAAUGAUUUCAAUUGUAAAUAAUGUGCAAUACAAAUUGCUGUUGGAUGUUUUCAUUACUUUGCAUUUUUUUCUACUAACUUCGUAGAAUUUUUUGGCACAAACUUGAUGUAAAAUAUUUGAAGGAAAUAUUCAAGUUUACCUGCCAUUUAAAUGCUUGAAUCUUGUGUUAUUUAAUUUUUGUCGUUUUCACACUAUCAGUGAUUUGUUUAUUACUAAAGUUUAGUAUUCAUUUUGUAAGUGUUAAUUUGUGAUACAUUGUCAUCUUACUAAACCUAAAACGAUUUGGGUUCUAAGAUACUCAUGUAAAAUAACUCCUGAUGCAUAUGAAAAACUAUCCUAUAUUUCAUAAUUAUAAAAACACACCUAUUACUAUUUCAUCUCUAGCAUUACAUUCAACCAACAAAUUAUGCUUUGCCAAAUCAGAUUCCACUUUGAAAUAUAUGAAUCAAGAAUGACCAACAGGAUGAUCAGGCACAAUUUUCUUAGCUUUGCAAUUUUGGCAACAUGGAAACCCUUGAUUUUUUUGGUUACGGAAAUGGUCUGUCUAUCUGUACAAUGUGAAACUUGGUUUCCAUAUGAAUUUCACAUAUCAAGUGACCUACCUUCAUGCUAAAUCAAAUGAGCCUUUUCGUCUUCAAAUGGAAUGACAAUCAUGUUAUUUUUAAAUUGAUUUGCUAUAUAUAAUCUAGUGUCUACAGAGAGCAUUGUGGAUGUAUAUCACAUACAAUUAAGGCUCUCUCAUUUUCCCUCAAUACAAUUGUUGGAAUGAAAUAAUGGAAUAUUUCUAUACAUUGUCGAUUUGUUUCAGUUUGGAGUUAUUUUUCAUUUUGCCUGUUUUGUAAUUUCAGUAUGACAAGGCUGUGAUAAUAAUGAUGUGGAGUCAAAAAUGUACAAUACAAAUUGCUUUAAAGUAAGGAUAGUUUCCAAUUUUUCAUAUUCACAUCGAUGUAGUUUUAAGAUUUGUGUUAUUUAUUGUUUUCACAUUUGUUAUUUGUUACUAACUAAAAUCAGUAUUUAUUUUCGAAUAGUCUAGAGUUUUGAUAAUUUGUUAGCGUUCAUCUACAGUACAACAGUUUAUGUUCUAGUAUGUUCCUAAGAAAUGCACCAAUUUUUCCUGAAAGGAAUUAAACAAUAUUUUCAUAA